AUGGACCAGUCUACACUUUCGAAACCUGGACCGAUAAUUGCCCAUGAAGAUAGAUGGGCAUUCGUCAUGUUGAAUUGCGUGGGCCCCUCAUUACCCCUGUUGAGCACAUGGGUCGCUGUCGAUGUUCAAGAAACCUUCUACAGUGCAUUUUGUACAGAACAAGCCUGCCAGGCACGACUGAUGACACAAACUCACGUCGUUAACAGUGACUAUCCAUAUCAGCGCAACAUUGGGUUGGAGUGGUUUACCUUGCAGGCCAAGAUUGUUACAGGCAUCUGUAACGCCUACACUAGCCCCACUCUGCUAGACUCCCAGCGCGGUGGCACACCGCCAGCACUUAGAAAGACAGCGGUCUGGACCGCUGUGACACCGCCCCUGGCCUAG